AUGCCUGGCCGAUACAGUGGUGCAGGCCGAUACAACAAGCUGGAACUCAAGCGACUGCAUGAAGCGAUGGAAUCACACUACUACCACGACGAAGGUCUGUCGCGCGACAAAGCUCACAAGAAGGCUGAAGAGACCCUGCUCCAGAGGACAGGACAGAGCCUUAGCGGGCCGUUCGGUCCUGGUGUCCUGUUCCAGGACUCUCCAGAGUGCGGGUCUCCACGAGGCUAUGCGGAAAAGCAUGACCGUGGCAGGCCUGUACGCGAGACGCGUUUCGAGCGUGAAUUCUAUGGCAGCCAGCCUCACGAUUGUCGACGCGACGGUGAUGAUGACCGACAUCGCGCUUCUUCCCAUGUCUUGACCCCUGAACAAAUCAAGGCGGAGACAAAAGCUGUCGUCGAAGAGUUUCUGGACAAGGGUGCUUCUGAGGACCAUGCUCGUCAACAGGCUGAGAAAUUCUAUAUUCGAGAGGCUGGUAAGGCCUACCGGGCGGCUGCAGCCGGCGCAUCUCGACGACCGCAGCCAUCACGAACUUCUGCGUUUGACUUCAGCGGCAUGGGAGAUAUUCUCGAUGACGACGAGGGCUAUGCCAGUCGAUCUUCUGGUCCAUCGCGCGCUCACUCCCCGCGUGGGCCUCGUGCUGGGGCGCCCCGGCCGCCUGGCUGGGAAGAUGCACGAUUCGACGAGUAUUUCACGGAUGAGCCACGACCUCCUCGUGGGUCCUCUCGUGGGCAGUCUUACUACGACAACGACAACGAUGAAGUCCCACGCUCUCAGACCCGUCAAGGCUUCUCGUCGUUCUCCAACGGCUACGAAGAUGACUAUGACGAUGAGGCUUCUUACGGGGUUCCGCGUGGUUACCGCACAGAAGAGCGACGCCCUGGCGGCUUCUCAUCCCCUUUUGGCGGCUGCGAAGGUACCUACGACGAAAAUGAGCCUCCCCGCUCCUCUCGUGGAGGACCACGCGGCUACCGCACGGAAGAGCGUCGUCCCGGGGGCUUCUUCUCUUCCUCCUACUUCAGCCAUGGCCCAGAAGAGCACUCCAGCGGCCACAGCAACCGCAGUCACGGCCCUCCACCUGGCAGCGGAUACGGUCGGCGGUACAUGGAGGCAUCCGGCAUCAAGCCCGCCGAGGACUUGUACGUUACCUUGGGAGUCUCACCGUCCACGAGCGAAGCGAGCUUGAAACAAGCGCACCGAAAGCUGAGCAUCAAGCACCACCCGGAUCGCGAGAUGGGCGGUGCGGCGGCAAAGAAGGCGGCGACGAAUCGUAUGGCGCAGAUCAACCAGGCGUUUGAUGUGUUGAACGAUGGCAAGAUGCGAGAGUUCUAUGACCGCACAGGGUUGAUUGCCUCGAAGGGACUGCCACCGUGA